UGUCAGGACCGCAGGGGGCCGGAUGGGGGAGCGCGGUCCACGGCAGACGCGGCGCGUACGAUGUUAUCGUGGCACUGACUGUAGCCUAUAAAUACCGGGAGGCGCACAGCCUACCUACCAACACUGGCAUUAAUCUAAACACGGCUUGAACUGCGAGGAGAGGCACUUACAUUAGGAUCCUACUACUGGGAUAAACGCCUCAAGUGAAACGGAAUAUAAAUCGCUCGAGUCCUAGUCUAGUGUCGCUCGCCUGUGCGACGCACAGCACCAAUAAUAUGGUGAUCAAGGUUUACAUCGCCUCCUCCUCGGGAUCUGUGGCGGUGAAGAAGCAUCAACAAGCUGUGGUGGGGUUCCUAGAGGCCAACCGGAUCUCCUUCCAGGAGGUGGACAUCACCAAUGUGGAGGAGAGAAGGCUGUGGAUGUACCAACACAUCCCCCCGGAGAAACACCCAGACAAGGGCAACCCGCUUCCCCCACAGAUCUUCAACGAAGACUGCUACUGUGGGGACUAUGAGGACUUCUUCCAGUCCAAGGAGAACAACACUGUGUUUACAUUCCUAGGCCUCAGCUCACCGCCCUCAGUAAAGGAUUCCGAGUCGUAGGCAGUAGCGUGGGGAGUCGGAGGUCGCAGAGCACAUCACUUCCUGUAUUACAUCACUUCACCUCUCCCGGAGAUCUCACCAUAAUGACGCCACCAUGUUGCCAAACACUCUGACCUCUCCCCCACCUACAGCCAUCUAACCUGACACAGGAGGAGGGGAGGAGCUUCGGACCAAUGGAAGGAGCUUCAGACCAUGGGAGGCGGGGCUUCACCCCAAAAACAAUGGACAAUGAUUUCCUGAUUUACAUUUUUUUAAAUUUACAUUUUGUACAACUGCUGGUAAUCAUGACGAUCUAGUCAGUGGUUCCUGUUUGUGUUCGCGGUAAAUAAUUACUAGUUUUCUUUACUGCUAUGUAUUCUUUGGUCCGUUGUUCAGAACACUUCUGUUGCAGCUCUUCCACCAAUAGCAGCAUGUAGCUCUCCUGUCAGAGUCGCCAGGUUCUGUACGCAGUCAGACAGUUAAAGCUGACCUGAGGUCGUAACUGGAAACACUGAAGUUGGACUUGUGGUUAAAAUCGAGGCGGGAAAUUGAGUCCACUACAGUUGUAUUUGGAUGCGACUUUGAACAUUUUCGAUAAAAAAAUCGCAAAUCUAAAUGAACGUUCUAUCAACAUUGACCAUAUAAUUUUUUUGUGAAAUCUAAUUUUGAUUCUGAGUUCAGGGGCAUAUUAAGUUUUAUGUCAGAACUAUUUCUAAAAAGUGUAUUUUUCAGAACUCACUUCCUCAGUUUAAAUCACUUGUGCUGCUCACGUAUCGGCUUCCACAAUGUAGGGGGAGGUUUUAAGGGUUAUGGUAGGUGGAGAUGGACUGAGAGAUCAGCCAAUUAAAACCAGCGGUUGUUUUCGUCCGAUCCUGCCAUAGGCCAUGUUCGAGAGAACCAAAAACCGUAAUGCAUCAUGGGUAAAUUGUGACUGACUGAUCUACAAAUAAUAAUUCUAUAAUGAAUACUUAUUCAUGGUGGAAGGUGAUUUGUAGAUCAGGCAGUCGACAGUCGGCUGCAAUGUCCAACAGGCCAUAUAGACUCAUUCAAGUCCCGUUCUGAAUCGCUGUGAAACCAGAUGUCUUGACAUGCGAAGGGCCGGCUGGUGGGAUUGUAAUGAGACCAAUGAAGGCUGUGUUAAGUAAUGGAAGAGGAGACCAACUGGGAACGGGUGUGUUUUUAAUUACUCCUUCCUCUCUCCUCUCUUCCCCCUCUCUCUUUCCCUCCCCUCUUCUGUUCCCCUCUUCCCCCUCUUUUAUUAAAUGAUCAUGGAUGGGUGACUCAUUGUGUAUUGUUUACACAUGGUAGGCUUACACUCUGCCCCUACACACACACACACUCUCGUGUUUCCUCACUGACUCAGAGACCCAUUCCUAGUGAAUGUAGUGCCAUCUUGUGUUUUGUUCUGUCACUGUUAACCUGAUCUAAAAACAACAUUCCUUUUGAUACAUGCCAUUUAUGUGUACUCAUAUAUAGUAGAAUCAACACCUGUUUUUAAUAUGAGAACUCUAUCUGUACCCGCCCGUCUGUGACAAUCACUACGGCCUGGUUUCCCGGACCCAGAUUAAGACAAUAGACCUGAGAUUCUCAAGGGGCGGAAGGGUAGCCUAGUGGUUAGAGCGUUGGACUAGUAACCGAAAGUAACCGAAAGGUACAGAUCUGUCGUUCUGCCCCUGAACAGGCAGUUAACCCACUGUUCCUAGGCCGCCAUUGAAAAUAAGAAUUUGUUCUUAAAUGACUUGCCUAGUUAAAUAAAAGGUUUAAAAUUGUUUUUUUUUAAAACUUUUUUUAAUCCAGGUGUGACUAGGCUUAAUCUGGAUCUGGGAAUCCGUCCCUAUAAAUGAUUUUUGGCUUUGGCCGUGUUCAAGAGCAUCACAACCGCAAUGUAUCAUGGGUAAAUUGUGACUGACAAACAUGUCCUUUUUGACCUGGCUAACUAAAACUGUCAUUGAUGAUUCGACACCAGUGUUUUCCCAACUCCCGGUCCUCCUGUACCCCCAACAGUACACAUUAUUUAUUGUAGUCCCGAAACAAGCACACCUGAUUUCAACCUGUCAACUAAUCAUCAAACCUUCAAUGACUUGAAUUAGAAGUGUUUAUCCAGGGCUACAAUAGAGAUGUGUAUUGUUGAGGGGGUACAGGAGGACCCGGAGUUGAGAACCAAUGCUCUACAAGAUGUUGAGAAAACAAAAUAAACCUUUUUUUGUUACAAUGACAUUGUUGUAUGUUGAUCGACCAUCUGUAGAUGCUUCCCCCAAACUAUAAAAAUAAAAUAUUUCUGGAGAUCCCUCAAACUCAA